AUGGAUUUAGACUUGGAUGUCGCUCUUGACCUUGACCCUCGCCCCGGCGUUGGCCCGGGCGGCUCAGGCUCAGGCUCAGGCUUCGCAGCGUCAACGAUUCAGCCAAACGGCUGCCACAGCCUCGUCGUUUCCAACGCCCCCAAGAGGCCGUCGCUCGCUGUCGAUUCUUCGCUCGUUCAACAGCUCGUCUGGCCGUCCAACCUGAAUCCCUUUGCGAACCCCCGCCAUUCGAUCGACGUCACUGCAACCACCACCGACGCCUCCUCCUAUCAGCCUGUGCUGCGACCUUGUGCGCCGCCUGGUCUCACCCUCGACGUCAGCGCCGCUGCGCUCCUGUCCUCCCCAGACUCGAUUGCCUCCUCGGCCGCCAGCGCGGCCUCGUCGCACUUUAACCUCGGGCCCUGCUUCAGCGCGAGGGGCUCUGUGAGCUCUGCGCUGACCUCUCCCGCCUCUGCUGGCAGCGGCAUCUCGCCAGGUUCCUGCGCCCGACCCAGAACGCAGAAGUCCAGCAUGUCUGGCCGCGCAUCGGCCAAACGGCCAGUUGAGCGCGGGGGAAGCAGCGGCGAGGAUAGCCCUGCGCAGUCUGCAGCUGGAAGCCAGAGUGGUGCCAAACCAAAGGUCGCUCGUGUAGAGCGACCGACAGAGGACUUUUCGUCGGUGGUCAAGAACCGCCUGCAAUCUUAUACACGCACCGGCCAGGCUUGCGACAGAUGCAAGGUUCGAAAGAUUCGAUGCGAUGCCCUCCCCGAAGGCUGCUCUCAUUGCAUAAAUCUAAACCUCGACUGCUACGUCACCGACAGAGUCUCUGGCCGCACUGAACGCCGCGGCUACAUGCAAGAGCUUGAACGAGAUAAAAAUGGCAUGGUCUCCCACAUUCGGCAGCUUGAGAAACUCUUGCUAGAGAACGGAGUCCAAGUCCGACCCUGGGUAGAAGAAAAGCUGGACUCUGAUGCCGAUGCCGAAACCUCAGAGGCGCUCCCCAAAGAGUCUCCGACGUCCGACUGGGCGCAGGUAGGAUGUCUCUGGGUAAAGAACUAUGCAAAAAAGCCUUCCUACUCUCCACGAUUCCCGCGCAGCAAACUGGAAAGCCGUUCAGAGUCCAAAGGAACGGUUGCGGGCCGCGCCGUUGCGCCGCUCAAUUCGAUGCGCGGCACCAAACUCACCUUUCUCGGCACCACGAUUGACACAAGCUCAUUCCCGAUGCCAGAUGUUGAUGAGCCCGAAGACCCCACCGAUACAACGCCUUUAUACAACAAGUCUUCGCAUGCCUUUCUUCAGACCACAGCAGGCGUCAAUCCUCCCGUCCAGGUCGAGCUUCCGUCGCGGCAAGAAGCUUUCACGUACGCGGACUGGUACUUCAUGACAAUGGGUGCAUUCAUUCCUGUUCUGCAUCAGCCUACUUUCAUGGCAUUGCUUGCGCGUGUAUAUGAUGAGCCGGACUUUCAUCCGACGGCCGCGCAGAUUGCGCAGGUCCACAUGGUAUUUGCGACGAUCCUAUUUCAAUAUGGCGUUCGAAACUGGCAGCAAGCUGACCAGCGCUAUCAUCUCAACGAUCUCUCCAACAAGCACUUUCACUUUGCUGUAUCCAAAUGGCAUCAUUUGCUGCUGUCGAGGGAUCUGGAGGCUGUGCAGGCUUUGGCCCUGAUUGCAUCUCACGUUCGGCAGUUCCCUAAGCUCGGGUGCGGAUCUAUUGUUGCGCAUGCGGUGCUACAGCGCGCAAUAGACUUCAACCUGCAUCGAAAUCUUCAGCAAAAGGGCGAGAAGACCAACCUCACCAACGAGAUGCGCAAAAGGGUGUGGUGGAGCAUUCUAAUGACCGUCGUCUCCAUUACUGGCCGUCGAGGGUAUCCUGUUCCCAUUGCCGUCGAGGAAAUCGACGCCGAGUUUCCAGAGCCGAUUGCAGAUGAGUUACUCGCCGAAGAAGGCAUUGAUACGUCACGCACUAUCCCCUGUCCCUUUGAAGCUGCCAUCGCUGGAUUCAAGAUCACACCGAUUUUCAUGGAAGUCUUUUCCAACAUCCACAGCGUUCGAGGCGAUCCUGACAGCUAUGUCUCUGUUGUUGAAGCCCUGGAGGAGCAGCUUCAGCAAUGGGAGUCUGAUUUGCCCGAUUCGCUCAAGCUCUCCGAAGAUGCCACUGUGGAUAUACAAAUGCUAGCGCCUUUGUUCAUGCGCACGUACGUGCUGGAAGUCCGUCUGUCGCUUCGCCACCCCGGCGUGGCCAUGACAACAGAGAAACAGAUCAUUGCAGACAAUACCCGCAUUUGUUCAGAGACUGGUCGAGAAUUCCUGCAUGUUGCGCAAAAGAUCCAGCAGCUCAAAUGCUUGGAUACGACUUGGUACACAGUCUCGUUUGCCUCUGCAUGCAUAUUUGCCAUGUUGGUUGCACAAUGGGAAAAGCGCUUCGAGACCACAGAAGACGAAUUCGUUUCCUUGCAAAAAGACAUGGCUAGCUGGAUGUCCAUCUUGGAAGACAUUGGUGCAAUUCUUGAUGCCAAAACGAGCAUUGCAGAUGAAAUUCGCCGAAUCAUGGAGCGAACACUGAGCUGGAUCCGACAUGACAUGGAUCACAAAGAAAACGACACGAAACAGACGGCAGCGAAACCAAUUUCUGGCAAAGGCAAGCCGUUGCCCAAGUCUCAGCCAAAGGGCCGCCGUCGUUCAGACUCUCUUCCUCGGAAGCAAUCACGGAAGCCAAGCCAGCCACAAAAUGAAGAGAACUCCCAUGCGACUCCAAAGGCUACCCAUCAAGUUCUGCCACAGGCAGUGGCUCAAGCGCCAGUUGUCACUCAAGCACCAGCUGGGGAGCUUGUGAGCCCCACGGACGCAGAUGCACCAAGCAAGGGCUAUUAUUCCGAGCAACCAAUGGCAGCGCAGCAGAACUACCAAUCCAUGGCGUAUACCGCCGCUCAACCGCAAAGUAUGAGCUCCACUGACUACCAAGCCGAUGCAUCGAUGCUGUACCACAACCCAGCCGCGAAUGUUGCGUCGAUAGCGGACUCAGUAUCCGAAAACCCUCUGAUUGCGUUUGCCUCCCAGGCGACUCAACAUAUGCCGACGAACAACGAGGCCAUGUACAUAUGGAAUGGCCGCGGAAAUACCUGGCAAGAUUGGACGACCGCCAUCGCAGACACGAACGAUCGGUACAGCGCGAAUGCUCUGCUAACAUUGGGCGGCGGCGCAAUGCACCACCAAGGCGAUCAGCCGCUGGACUCAUCCUUCAUCAUCAACCAGGGCAACUCUUUGGGGCAGCAGGGCGGCGGUAUGCACCAGGCGGCUCAGCCUGGGCAAACGUGGCCAAUCAUGAUGUUUGACAACAACAACUCGGCAACGUCGGGAUAG